GACUGCGCUCACAAAUAGUUGUAAAUAUGGUGGGUGUCUGGUUAAACUCCCUACAAAUUUUCCUUUGUGUUGUUUGCUUGGUCGUCGCUUUUGAAGACACAACAGAGGGUGUUAAAAGGGAUGGACAGGAAGAACCAUUAGAAAUUUAUACAGAAGACGAAUUAAAUCCGCUAAAGCGAGUCACCAGGGUUCUCGAAAAAGGCCUCGAUCGAAGACAGUCUAAAACAGACCAAGAAAGCAAAGAGGACAUCAGUAAUGAAAUUAAAGGCAAGGUUAAGAGAAGUCAAGAAUCACAAAAAGCCAACAAGUUCAACAGUAGAAGGAGAUGUUUACUUCCACAUGACUGUCCCUUUGGAUUAGACGAAUUCGGCGAUCCUUUACUACACUGGCCAACUCCCUGGGGAUGGCCACCGGGUCCACAUUAUCCGGAGUACGGGCCUUGUUUUCAUCCCAUUUGGGCAGGACAUGGAGUUCCACUUGGAUAUCAUCCGUGGGGUUGUGCAGGUUCAUGGAGAGGGCCUAGUUGUCACUGUGGCUGUAACAACCAUGGAUGGUGCUGUAAGUCAACUUAAUUAGUUUCCUUUUUGUUUACGAGAGACCAAACCUUAUUAAUAAAGCGAACUUAAACUUUAAGGCGUUAAUUUAUUAGACUGAGAUGCGUUCUUGGUGAUCUCUUGAAUAUUCUGCUAUGUCCUUAAUCUUGGAAAAUAGUCAAAAUGUCUGACUUGAUCAUGAUAACAUCGCGAGAAGUCGAAACCGAUGCAUCGUGAACGUGAUAUCCGAAAAGUGUAAAAGUGGCUAUAAAUGAUCUUGAUAUAGAUAUUUUCCACAGGUCACGUGUUAUACAUGCAGAACCAAGGCUCGACUAUGCUCAAUAUUCAAAACUACAAGAAAAUUAGAUUAAAAAACUUACAUAUUCUUCGAAAAAAGGGCUGUGUCAAUAUCAUUGAUUUACUGAACUUUACUGUUGGACCUGUCACCAAAUUGAGUGACACAUAAAAAUAACCUCACAAGACAUCAAAAGAAGUUAAAAAUAAUACAUCUGAAAUAUCAGACAGAGAUGUACAAAUUGAAAAAAAAAGGAUUAAAUUGGACUGAAAUAUUUUAAACAACUCAUCUAUUUGAUGUUUCCAAAGUUUGAUAUAAUGCAUGUAAGACACCUUUGGUCAACAAGAAACUGUAAAUUGUCAUUUUUGAUUUUUCGUUUCCGUGUACUUAGGUUUUGGGGGCGGCGGUGGAGGACCACUAAACGAUUGUCCUCAGUGCAACGGUGCCGCUUCUAAGACUCCUUCCACACCCCAAAGGCCAAGCCAGGCUGGUGGUCCACCACUUCUCAAACCUUUGUUGGCAAAGCAAAUGAAUUUCAAGGCUCCUCUUCAAGUAAAGCCAAUAAAGCCGAUGAGACGUUGGUUCAAGCGUUACGAUGUCCCGUAUAACACUGGCUACCAGUAUCCAUAUCAGUCAAAUUAUGGCAGUUAUCCUUCAGAUCAGCAAGGCUAUGAAAAUUAUGCAUAUCAGUCAAGCUAUGGAAGUUAUCCACCCGCGUACCAAUCAAGCUAUGGAAGUGACCCCUACCAAUCAGGCUAUGGUACUGAGCCUUACCAAUCAGGUUGUGGCAAUGGGCCAUGUCCAGCGCAAGCUCCCCAACAAUCUUCAUUGGCUGAUCAAGUCGUUGGGACGUUGUUUUUGUUUAAACCCAAUGGAAAUUUAUUGGCAGCGAAACAUCAAGACGUCAAAUCAAAAAGUUGACAUUCCCUGAAAUUACCAAUCGUGACGACGGGAUCAGUUAAUCUCCACCAAAAGAUCCUUUGCACAGUUCAUAUGGAAGGAAUUGGGAGAAAAAAGUAAUUGAGGACCAUUUAUGAAAUUUAAUAAAUGAUUAAUUGUCUGGAAAAUGAAUGUAUUCAAAGGUUGCACUAUUAAAGAGCCUAUAUGAUGAUAGAAAUGUCACAAUAUGCUCAGAAUAGCAACGGGCACAAGAAUCAUUUAAACUGAUUUUAUUUUCAUC